CUUUUUCUACUCUUUUAGGGAUAAAUAUCGUUUCUAUGCAUGUUUGCUGCGAGCUCGCUUUGAUGAGAACAAACAUGAGAAGGACAUGAUGAAGGCCACCAUGAUGCUGAAGGCAGGCGAGGAGGAGUUCUUCUGGGCCAAUCAGCACCCGCAGCCCUACUUGUUCCCAGACUCACCUGGAGGAACAUCCUAUGAAAGAUAUGAGUGCUACAAAGCUCCUGAAUGGUGUCUUGAUCAUUGGCAUCCCUCAGAGAAAGCCAUGUACCCUGAUUACUUUGCUAAGAGGGAACAGUGGAAAAAGCUGCGGGUUCAGAGCUGGGAUAGAGAGGUCCAGCAGCUACAGAUUGAAACUCCUGCUGAUGGCCCUAAAUCUGAGGCCCUGCCCCCGGCCCGCAAGGAAGGAGACCUCCCACCCCUGUGGUGGCAGUUUGUCACUCGUCCCAGAGAGCGUCCCAUGUAAGGAUGUGUCCAGAAGAUCAUUUAGAAUAGGUGUUUGAAACUGCCCUGUGUUUGUCAAACACCACUUUGAUCUCAAUUCUAGGUAAAUAAAAUAUUAUGCAAAUCA